AUGGACUCAGACAGACCCCAUUUCCUUACCUCCUCCUACUCCCGCCGCCCCGCUUCCUCUAUGAAGCUCUCCAAAUCCCUCCUCAGCCCCGGCCGCCCCGCCCGCGACGGCCCUCCCGCCCUCUCCUCCUCCCUCAGCCGCCGCCUCCGCCCCAACGGCAGCCUCAAAUCCGGCCACGCCUCCCCCUUCUUCCCCACCCCCAAGAAACGCGGCUUCGACAACCCCGAGCCCUCCUCCCCCAAAGUCACCUGCAUCGGCCAAGUCCGCGUCAAAUCCAAGAAGAAGAAGAAGAAGAAACACCCCCUCCCCUCCCGCUCCCUCUCCCUCUCCCGCCGCCGCGAAGUCAGCUUCCGAAAAAUCGAUCCGCCUCCUCCUCCGCAGGAGGGCCUUCCCCAGCACCGGAAUCAGAGAUGGGUGCAUCUCCCGAUCUCGAUCUGCGAGGCUCUGCGGAGCUUCGGCGCCGAAUUCAGCUGCCUCUUCCCUUGCCGGAGCUCUUGCUCGAACGAGGAGAGGGGGAAGGGCGAGAAGCGGAGAGAGCACGGCUGCGGGGCCGUGCUCGCGCGCUGGCUGGUGGCGGAGAGGGAGAUCGAGCUCGUGGUUGGCGACGGAGACGACGGCGAGGAAGGAAAUGAAGAGAGGAGGGUUUCGAUUCGAGCUUCGAGAAGGCACGUGUUCGAGGAUUUUGAGGUGAAGGACGAUCGGAUGGAGGAGACGGCGGCGGUCGGCAUUUGCAUUCCGCCGCCAAAUGCGCUCUUGCUGAUGCGGUGCAGAUCUGAUCCCAUGAAAAUGGUGGCUCUCGCUAACCGCCUCAACGAUUUAGACGCUGGCGAUGAUGAAAACAGCGAGAUGAAUUUGGUAGGAGGUGUUGAAGUUGAAGAAAUUAAGGAACAAGUUACGGAAUCGGAGGUGAAAGGAGAUGAAUUAGAGGAAAGCGCCGUCGACGGCGAAGAAGAGGUCGAGUCGAAUAUGUCGUCGUUCGAAGCCCUUCUCGACCAAGAAAAUGCAGAACAGUACGAUGACUGCUGCUGCACAGGUCAAGUUGAGGAAAGCCUUCUUUCUGCUGCCGUUACUGAACCCAAUGAAGAAGUUCAAAGCCGAGAAGAAGAAAACGAAGUACAAGAAGAUACAGAGUGUAGUGUUGUAAUAAAAGAUGGCGACGAAGAGAACGACGAAGAAAUAGAGUCGAAUGUUGUAAUAAAAGAGAACGACGAAGAAAACGAAGAACACGAAGAAACGGAAGCCAGUGUUGUAGUACUAAACAACGACGAAGAUGAGGAAGAGGAAGAGGCAGUGGAAGAGAAAGAAGCAGAGAAGAAAGAAAAAGAGGAGCCGUUAUUACCGGAAUGCUUGCUAUUGAUGAUGUGUGAACCGAAGCUAUCGAUGGAAGUUUCUAGAGAAACAUGGGUUUGCAGCACCGACUUCACAAAAUGGCUGCCGGAGCGGCCGCGGAGGGCGGCGAAGGAGCCGGUAGUCAAGAGGCGGCUCAGCGUCGACUCCAAAGCCAAGCCCAUGGCCGAGCCGCAGCCGCCGCGGUCGUCGUGCUCGCUGCCGGCGGCGGCGGCGAUGGCGUCGAUGAUAGAGCGGAAGCUGGCGGCGUGCGAGCCGUUCGUGCUGACGAGGUGCAAGUCGGAGCCGAUGAGGACGGCGGCGGGGAAGUUGGCGCCGGAGUCGUGCUUCUGGAAGAACGCGGUGAGGAAGCUGGAGCCGCACGCGAUGGGAGUCGGCGCGGCGGCUAGAGUCGGCUUCUGA